AUGACCAGCAUCUGUGAUACUGCUUACUAUCCAAGUACAAAGCAAGGUCUCCGUUCUGACAAGAUUCAGGAUUUUAGGGAAUUAAUUGGAGACAGAGACCCUGCAGAAGUAAGAUACUGUGCUAUUGUUCAGAACAGAUAUACCACUUGGACUGCUGAGCUUUUUUUUUGCUUUUUUUUUUUUUCCUCCAAAAGCUUAACCUCUAAAAGAGAGAAUGUUACACCUGAUUAUCCACUAACCCUUUUGGAAGGUCUGACAACUAUUGGUCACUUUUGCCUCCUGGAUCACCCUAAUCAAACUAAAAAGUCAUCCUGUCUAGCUGAACCUGCAAACUUGAGAAAUGCUAGGAAUGCCAUUUUGGAAGAGUUGCCUCGUAUUAUUAAUACUAUGUCCCUUCUUUGGAAUGUUAUAAAGAGGGAAGACUCUCAAAAACGACCAACCGACUUCUUUGGAACUACUAAAGGCUCUUCCUCAGUCUACUUUAAAGCAACCAAAACAUUAAGAACUAAAAUACUGGACUUCCUGAAUCCAUUGACAGCACAACUUGGAAUCCAAUUGAUGACAGCAGUUGCAGCAGUGUGGAAUAGCAAGAAACCUCAUAGGAAUCAAAGUAAAAUAAAGAUACUUCCAGUGGCUAGUGCAUCCCAGCUCAUUCUUGUGGACUUAAUAUGUGCACUUAACACACUGAAAACUGAUACUAUAUUACAUCUAGUCAAAGAAGUGGUCAAGAAGCCAUCACAAAUCAAGGGUGAAGAGAAAUCCUCUCUUGUAGAUAUUCCGAUGUUGCAGUUCAGUUAUGCUUUCAUUCAAAGAUUGCCUGUUGCAGCCUUACAGGAGAACUUCCAGUCCUUGUUAGGACUUCUGAAGGAGUCUGUGCAGUUGAACUUGGCUCCUCCUGGACACUUUCUGCUUCUCAGUACCCUGAAUGACUUUGUGACCAGGACACCUACUCUAGAAAACAAAAAAGACCAAAAAGACUUGCAGGAAGUGACCCAAAAAAUCUUGGAGGCUGUAGGGAACGUUGCUGGUUCUUCUUUGGAACAGACUAGUUGGCUGAGCCGGAACUUAGAAGUGAAAGCUCAGCCUCAGAUUUUGCCAGAUGAGUUCAACACUGAAGAUGUGAAUGAUACUUCAGUGGCACCAUCAUCAAUGGUUUCUGCUUCUGCCCCUUCAAUAUACAGUGUCCAAGCUCUUUCACUCCUUGCAGAAGUUCUUGCUUCUCUUUUGGACAUGGUUUACCGAAGUGAUGAGAAAGAAAAAGCUGUGCCAUUGAUUUCCCGUUUGCUAUAUUAUGUAUUUCCUUAUCUACGCAACCACAGUACCUACAACGUUCCUAGUUUCCGUGCUGGUUCUCAGUUGCUCAGCUCAUUGAGUGGAUACGCCUAUACCAAGCGAGCAUGGAAAAAAGAAGUUCUUGAGUUAUAUAUGGAUCCAGCUUUUUUCCAGAUGGACACUUCAUGCACUCAUUGGAGAUCCAUUAUUGAUCACCUUCUAACACAUGAGAAAACUAUGUUUAAAGACCUGAUGAAUAUGCAGAGCAGCGCCUUAAAGCUCUACCCAAGUGUUGAACAAAAAGCAAUGUUGUUAAAGCGGCAAGCUUUCGCUGUCUUCAGUGGAGAAAUUGAUCAGUAUCAUCUCUAUCUUCCCUUAAUACAAGAACGACUGACUGAGAACCUUCGUGUUGGGCAGACUUCUUUAGUUGCUGCACAGAUGUUCCUCCUCUUCAGAGUUCUAUUGUUAAGGAUUUCUCCUCAGCAUCUAACCUCCUUGUGGCCAAUUAUGGUAACUGAAUUGAUUCAGACGUUUCUACAACUGGAAGAAGAAUUAACUGAGGAAGAUGAACUAUCAAAAAGCAACAGCAAGUUAAGCAAACAGAAAGUCUCAGGUGAUGGCAGUGGAUCCGACAUCCAGCAGAAUGAGCUGUCUUUGUACUUAUCCGCUUGCAAGUUUUUAGACACAGCGCUUUCAUUUCCACCUGAUAGGAUGCAGUUGUUCCAAAUGUAUAAAUGGGCAUUUGUCCCAGAGGUGGACACAGAGUCAUCUAUUGUGACUUCUCAUCUGGUAGAAAAUCAUCAGGAAUGUAGACCACACAUAAUACGAAUCAUGGAUCUACUAAAGAUGAAAUACAGGGAAAGAAACAACGCUGAUGAGGGAAUUUCCAAAAGGCACAAAUUUCCUCUUUUGAACUUCCACACUAUAUCUAGCAUUACCCAGCUUAUGCCCUUCUUCAAGACACUGUGUUGUGCAUUUACAACAAAAGGGAGUGAGGCCCAGAAUUCACAUACUUCUGCAUCUCUCUCUGUGGACUACGUUGGCAGCAAUGUCAUAAAGAUCUUGCAACAGCUUGAAGAAAGUGUUGAAUGUGACUUCCUUGAAAACAUGGAAAGUUAGGCUGCAUAUCAGACACUUAUGUGGUUAAGCAGUCAAAAAAAAAAAAAAGAGAAAACAUUACUGUGAUUCCUCUUUUUUUCCCAUUUUGAAACUACAUUUUAGGUUUUCUUUCAGCUCUCAUGGGAAGUACACGAUUGUUUGUGUUGUGAAUGCAGGAAGGAGGAUGUACAGCUUGGUGGUAAUUUACCAUUGUUACUGCAUUCUUUUACUUCUUUUCCUUGUGAAGGAUUAAACAGAUUUGUAAAUAAUGAUAGAAGAUUUUUAACUUGGUGAAAGUAGCAACUUGUACCAUUUAUCCAGUAAUUUCUCAAGUAAGUAUUUUACACUACUUUUGGAACUGUGAUCUGAAAGUAAAUUUGAGAAGAAGCUUAUAUUGCAUGUCAGUGUACAAUCAGUUUGCAGAAAAGCCAUGUCUUGAAGUUAAAACCCCCUUCUAUUUCUUCUUCCUUUAACUGAUCCUAAAACUUAGCAACUUGUAAACAGAUAAUUUAAAUUUCAAACAGAUCUAUUUUAUAAGCCUUAUUACUCAAAGAACUGCAGACUUACCAUGUUUGUAAUUUCAGCUUUGUAUUAUAAGACCGUUCUUCAGGAUUAGUGAUUCCUAAAUAAAAGACAUGUACAUGCGCAAAUAAACAACCUAUGCAGUAACAUUUUAUAAUUUGCACUGCCUUGAGGGCUUUUGAUUUUAAUUAGCUGACUAAUUAAAGAAUACUCUAAUUCUUAAAUGGAAGAACUUUCUUCUUUCAGUGGCUAAGAUCACCUUGCAACUUACAAAAUGCAGUUAAAUGAAGAUAAUCCUGUAAAAAUAUAAAUUACUGUAAAUCCCCAGCCUAGUUCAAAGGAAAAUUCAUUUUUUAAGAAACACUUUUUAUACAAAUAAAUAUAUUUGGCUGUUCCUAGGUAUUAUAGGAGUGAGGGAUGUCGUUCACGGUGCCAUGACAACGGUAAUGUUCAAGGUGCAGCUUCUUUUGGAUCUGCACCACUUCCACCAUUCAGGACCUGGACGAGACAGUGAUUAGUUGUACUACCAUACAGUGAAGCUGCUUGUCUGAAGGGCACUUCUGACAGUGGAUAAAUACCACCAUAGCCACACAUACAUCAAAAAGCUCAGAUGAAUGCUUUUUCCAUGAGGAGGUAGACUCCACUGAGAUUUUGGAUUUACUGGGUUUUCUGACUGGAUUUGCAAUGCUGAUUUGUUUGGAAGGGAAGUUUAUCACAGUUUUCAUGAUGAAAAGCUUUGUCUGCUUCUUUAUUUAAACAACGUUGCCUCCACAGAAAUGGAUUUAUAAGAUAAAGCUGCAGACUGGUACUUGUGUUAUUUGAAACAUCUCAACCGAGGCAAAUGUGCUUGGUAUUGGACUUCAUCAUUAUUGGUGGUUUUUUCCUAAUUAAAAAAAAAAAAUAAAGGACAUGCCAAAUAAAUGGUUAAUGUUGUUAGGUUGUGAGAUCAGGGAUUCUUAUUUUUUAUUUUUUUUCAAAACUUUCACAAGAAAUAUAGGUUACUUGGCAGUGUUUUUUACCUACAGAUGUAUGAAUCCAUCUUUGGAUUAUAAACUGAAAUAAUGAAAGACUAAGCAACAUGCUUUACAAUUGUAAUACUGUAAUGCUGUAUGAAGGUAAUAAGAUAGACUUGUGCUAAAUUUAAAGUUUCUGUGAAUUUUGACUGUUAAGGAAAGCGAUAGAAUGAGGUGUGAUACUGUGUAGUACUAGGGAUGUGAAUUAUUUGUAUUAAUAUAAUCUAUUAACAAUCUAAUGCUGUUGAAAUAAGCACAAAUGAAAAAAAGUAUUCCUUUUUAAGCAUCACUUGAAAAUUGGAACAGGAUAUUUUUAAAUAAUUUGUUAAUUGCUUACAUAAGCUCAAGGAUUUUCUUUUUAAUAAUAUUGCUAAUACUCAGGAUGACUUGGUAGUUUGACUUUUAGCUUUCUGGUGAGUGGUUGCAUUCCAUGCUUAGGGACUUCUUUUACAUUCAUGAGAUGCUACUGAAUUGCUGUUAACAAUCUAGGACAACUUUUUGCUACUAAACCUUUUGCUUUACAUUCUCCUCUAAGCUCUAAACCCGUGUCUUCACUUAGUUUACUUGCUAACAAAAGGCGAUAAAGCACUAACUUAGAUGGAGGGUUUUAUCAUCCUUCCCUUUGGAAGGGAAUGUCCCAUUCUAUCUGUCAGGGCUUCAGAUGUGCAUGAGAUCAAACAUCACCAUCCCACCACCCAGGAUGUGGUGGUAAGCAUUAAAAAUUAAAUCUGUAACUGAGCUGCUUGGAACUCCAAGAUGAUGUUACCUUCUGCAAAAAUAGCACUUGCUUCUCUCUUGCCUUCUGUGUGUACUUUUGCCUUUGCUCUGUGAUUCUGCAGAUUGCUGCUUUAAGUGGCCUGCACAUCUUUUACCAUUAUAAAAAGGGUUCUGAACAAAAAACAAUGGGCUCAAUUGAAUUCGUCUUACUCGGAUAGCAGAGACUUGCCACUGAAUACGCUUAAAGGUAUCGAUAACAGCGUAACUUCAUUCCUUUUCUACACAAGACUAACGUUAGCCCUUUUAAUUCUUACAGUACUGCAUUUAAAUCCAUGUGAAGGAAGAGGGUUGUACUAUGAAAGCAGUAUAACCUCACUGUAGAUACAUCUGAUAAACUUUCGCUUCAAACUCACUAGCAAGAGCUGGAGAGAAAAUGCCUUUGCUGUGUGACGUAGUUUUUGCUUGUUUUCAAGCUUAGUUUUCUUUUUCAUACUUCAGCUUUGAGACAGCAGAGCAACAGUGCAUGAUACAUAGAGGGAAAAGUAUUUAAAUAUUCACAGAGGUUUCCUUUUCCUGAAGGGAAGAAAAAUACAGUUGGUGCAACUAUGAUAACUGCCAAAGAACAGCAGAACUUUAAAUAUGGAGCAUUAAAUAAUGGCUAAUUGUAUUCAAUGCUACAUUUGAAUGUAAUUCUAAUAAUAAUAUUAAAUGUUAUUUUUGAAAUA